AUCCAUCCUCCUAUCCAUCCAUCCAUCCAUCCAUCCGCCUAUCCAUCCAUCCUCCCUCCUUCCUGCCUCCUUCCCACCCACCCAUCCAUCCUCCCACCCAUCCAUCCUCCCACCGCCCUCCAUGGGCCGGCGCGGCCGGCGCUGAGCGCCCGGAGGCAGCGCCCGGGCUGCCGCGAUGAGCGGCGGGGAGGUUGUGUGCUCGGGCUGGCUCCGAAAGUCACCGCCGGAGAAGAAGUUACGGAGAUACGCAUGGAAGAAACGCUGGUUCGUCCUGCGCAGCGGUCGGAUGAGUGGCGACCCUGACGUCCUGGAGUACUACAAAAAUGACCACUCCAAGAAACCUUUGCGUGUGAUCAACCUCAAUUUCUGUGAGCAGGUGGAUGCGGGCCUGACCUUCAACAAGAAGGAGCUCCAAGACAGCCACAUCUUUGACAUCAAGACCAGUGACAGGACCUUCUACCUUGUGGCCGAGACUGAGGACGACAUGAACAAGUGGGUUCGCAGCAUCUGCCAGAUCUGUGGCUUCAACCAGUCUGAGGAGAACACAGAUACCCUGAGGAGCAUCGCCUCCAUGAACCAUGCACCACGGUCCUCCCCAGCAGAGCUCAGCGGUGCCAGCCACCACCUGCUGCGAGAGCGCAAGUCCUCAGCACCAUCUCACUCUAGCCAGCCCACCCUGUUCACCUUUGACUCACCUGCCAGCCACCUCCAGAGCACCCUGUCUGCCAGUGCACCCCAGGACUACCUUUUUCUCCACCAGUGUAUGAGCAGGAAGUCAGAAAAUGCAAGGAGUGCCAGCUUCUCCCAAGCCACGAGGUCAGCCUUCUUCAUGCGGAGUGACACAGCAGUCCAGAAGCUCUCACAGGGCAAUGGGCACUGUGUGAAUGGCAUUGGCGGGCAACUCCACGGCUUUUACAGCCUACCAAAACCCAGCCGGCACAACUCGGAGUUCAGGGACAGUGCAUACGACCUCCCACGCUCCUUUGCUUCCUACACCCACCCCAAGUCAAGCCUUACCAGCUCUGAAACAGAUAAUGAGGAGGUCUACACCUACAAGACUCCUAACAACACCUUAUGCAAGGAGUUUGGGGAGCUCUCCAUGGAUUCCUAUGAUAUCCCCGCCACAUCACUCUCUGUCUACCAGAUCCCCAGGACAUUUACACUGGACAAGAACCACAAUGCUCUGGCUGUGGCUGCCAGCGACUCACCCGCCACACCACCCCCACGGCCCCCAAAACCUGGGCAGACGGAGCCACGGUGGGGCAGCCCACCCCAGCAACCUCAGCCCAGUGAAAGCUUAGGGCUGGCCCCUAUGGCAGCCACCAUUCCCCGGAGAAACACGCUGCCAGCGGUGGAGAACAGCAGGCUGCACCGAGCUUCUUCUUGCGAGACGUACGAUUACCCCCAGCAUGGAGGUGGCAGUGCUGUGCAGUCAAUCGAGUCGAUGAACGAUGGGUACAACUCUUACCUGCAAGCCAAGGCAGCAGUGGCCCGCUCCCACAGCACUGACUCCGAAGACAACUAUGUUCCGAUGAAUCCCAGUUCCUCACCCUUGAUCCACACUGAGAAAGCCAACGACAAUGCCCAGAAUCUCUACAUCCCCAUGAGCCCUGGGCCGCAUCACUUUGACCUGGUGGGGCUGUCCUCGGCCACCCUCCCCAUGCAUAAAGGAGGAGCCAUGGUGCAGUGCCACAGACGGUUGAGUGAAAUCCAGCCCCCACCAGUCAACCGCAACCUCAAACCAGACCGGAAAGCAAAGCCAUCACCACUUGACCUGAGGAACAACACUGUCAUUGAUGAGCUUCCCUUCAAAUCGCCAGUCACAAAAUCCUGGUCCAGGCCAAGCCAGACUUUCAACGCCGGCUCUUUGCAAUACUGUCGCCCUGUUUCCUCCCAGAGCAUCACCAGCACUGACUCGGGAGACAGCGAGGAGAACUACGUGGCAAUGCAAAACCCCAUUUCUGCUUCUCCUGUUCCUAGUGGCACCAACAGCCCAGCACCUAAAAAGAGUUCAGGGAGUGUGGAUUAUCUGGCCCUGGACUUCCAGCCAAGCUCCCCAGGGCCACACAGAAAGCCCUCCACCUCAUCAGCCGCCUCAGAUGAGAAGGUUGACUACGUGCAAGUGGACAAGGAGAAGACGCAGGCACUGCAGAGCACCAUGCAGGAGUGGACUGAUGUUCGGCAGUCCUCAGAGCCCACCAAAAGCACGAAGCAGUAGCAACUGGGGCAGUCAGUGAAACAGGAAAAUGUGCUAGUGGUUUUCCCCAUCUGGGGCCUCACCAAGCUGCCAGCUCCACUUGGGAUGGAUUUCUAAGACUUGUCUGUAGAGGGGAGGGGGGCUUCAUUUUUGUUUCUUUUAUGACAAAAAUACCUAUAUUUUCAGGGGAGGACUUGGUGGAUACUGUUUGCCAGUGACAAAGACCAGUUAUGUUUGGUGGCUAGGUUUGUGCUUCAGCUGCUGGAUGCACCAUCCAGGAACUUCAACUUAGCAAUACCAGGUUUCGCCCUACACAUCUUUUGCUUACACCUAUUAAAGCCACCUUAUGUAUGCUAACACUGCAUCAUCGCUCCCCAUCUUCUUCCAUACUGUAUCCCCAAACCGUGCCAUGCAGGUUUGCAACAUCUCUCAUAGGACAUCAUUUCCCAGCUCUGAUUCCCCACUCCUUAUUGUUGCCCUCUUCCCAAAACUGAGCAAGAAUCAUUCCUUUUGAAAUCACUUUUGUUGUCCUAUCUCCUGUAAAUAUGUUCAGAACCUCUGAGGGCUAUUCUUCUCCUGGUGGGAGAGCCCCCAUGUUAUUGGUUGUGGUUGUUAACCUUCAGGAGCUUGCAAAGCAUCCAAACUGUUUCGUCAAGCUGACCCUGAAGCACAUGACUUGUCCCAUCAUACAUACAUGUGUAUGCCAGCAUACGAACACACACAUGCAUGCCCACACAAAAUGACUAAGUGUGUUAGCGUGUCUUGUGGUGUUGAUGCUCUCCAGCAUCUCUCAAAGUUAAUGGGGUAGAAACAUUGGCUUUAGAUGGCAGAAUUUAAGUCCUCACCCACUGCCUGCCUGAAACCAAUUGUCUAUGAAUGUGUCCCUAAGAACUAAAAUCUGCCCUUUGUGGCAUCAAAGGAAGCCCAUAGAGUAAGAGUCCUACAUCCUUGGCCAUCACAAGAAGCCAAUUCUCUCUGUGGUUGGGUGCGAGGAGUACAGGGAGGCUCUGGAGACCCUAUAUAUCUGGACUGAGGUGAGGAUGAGUGAUAGAAGGAAAUAGAAGGCUGUUGCAAGGAAUGAGAGAAGUGGGUGCUGGACUGCAGAGUGGUCUUGGAUGAGGAAGUCCGGGGAUGUGUAUCUUGGAGGAAAAGAGUGGAGUAAUUGAAAUGUUGGUUGAUGGUGAUGCCUUAGGCUUGGGAAGAGGUAGUCAGGAGAGUCAGGGCAAGUUGUUUCAAUAUUAGCUUUGAUAUAGUAUUAUGUUUGGGUUGUGGUGGGUGCAAAAGGCUGGACUGAGUAUUUUCUCCCCAUCUUCAACAACAUUUCUCCAACACAGAAAUGGGGCUUGUUGAUGUUAAUGACUUUAGACUCAUUAUUGAUGAGAAUGUGCUGUUGCCCCUUGCCAGUCUCCUUGAAAAAUCCAAGCUUUGGGAUUGCUCCCCAGGCAGCUGCCAGGCUCAGAGAGCCAAGAAGGAAGAGGCAGUUUAUUGCAGAGAUAAUAAUUCAUGAUCUCAUGAAAACAGGAAGGACUAAUGAUUGCUGUGGAGCAGCCUGAUUGCCAGACAGCAAGUGCUGACAUAGAUAAACAGGCCAACUGCAAACCGAGAGCCAAACAAAGGAGACUUUAGAAAGAUUAGGUAAUAAUAUUUAUUAAAUAGCUGGAGCUAUUCUUUCUGCAAGCUAAACCCCUCCCAGCACCACAGGCUCUAUGUUCCACCAACACCACCAAGCUGUAUUGAUUACUGAUGCGUAAGUGAUAACACAUUUGUUUAGUCUUGGUCUGAGUUUGGAAAGGGCCACAUGUGACUUCCAAUACUUAAACAGGACCUAAAGGAAAGCUGGAGAGGGACCCUUUAUCAGGGAGUUUAGAGAUAGUGUGAGGUCUAAUGGUUUUAACCUGAAAGAAGGUAGAUUUAGAUUAGAUAUUAGGAAGAAAUUUUUUCAGUGCGAAAGCGGUGAGACACUGGCAUAGUUUGCCCAGGGAAGUUGUCAAUACCCAGGUCCCUGGAGGUGUUCCAGUCCAGGUGGGAUGAGGCUUUGAACAACCCGAUCUAGUGGGAUGUCCCUGACCAUGAUAGGGGGAUGGAUCUAGAUGAUCUUUAAGGUCCUUUCCAAUCCAAACCAUUCUGUUAUUUUGUGAUCCACACAGGGAUAGAAUACCAGUCCCUUAAGGGCUGAGUGCUGGUAAAAUAAGUCUUGAACUUCCAAAAAGAGUUUUUACUUUCUUCUCACACACCACGAAAGGGAAGGAUAUUAAUGGAAAACCUCUGAUGACCUUUUUAAGACAUUGAAGUAUUGGCUUUUUACAGGAAUACCCUGAAGGGCUUGUAGAUGUGGCACUUAGAAACAUGGUUUAGUGGUGGACUUGACAGUGCCAGGUUUAAGGUUGGACUGGAUGAUCUUAAAGAUCUUUUCCAGCUUAAGCAAUUCUGUGAUUCUGUGAAUAAUGAAGUAAAUAUCCUAAUGCUGAUGGUAAAAAUAAUGAUCUAGGAGAAGAAAAAAAAAAUAAAGACCCAAAGGGGGAGAUUUAGCACAGCCAUUUGCUUUCUGAAGGUUGGGCAGUGUGUUAUGGCCCGCAAGGACCUCUGCCUCUCCUUGGGGGCUUGCACGUUUUCAUGGUGAGAUAAUGAAAUGAAGACCAGAGUAAUAGGGUUUUGUAUUUCUAUAGCCCCUUUCAUCACCACAUCUCAGGGGAGAUGAAACAUUUGGGUUGAUCCACUGAAAUUUACAUUCACCCAGAUGGGAAUGAGCUCCCCAUCCCCAUCGAAAAGCACAUGUGACUCAAGCAGGAAGCUGGUUUUUUCCUAUUUCAUCCUAUAAACAUUUAAGUGGACACAAAGAAAGAUGAGAUUGAGGGAGAAAGGUUAUCAUGAAUGCUGAAUGUAUUUCCCUGCCAAAACUGUGCUGUUCUCCUCUCACACUAAAAGGCAUCCACCUCUGGAGUGGAUUGCAGCAGCAAUUUUGGGAAUAGCUCUUUAUGCUGCUCUGAGUCUCUCUUAGUAGAAUAGUGCAACUGUUCUUGAGGUGAACCUCAGCUCAGCUCCAGGUCAAAAAAGUCUCGAUCUGUACUAAAAGCCUGGAGAAAUCAAGUGAUAAACCAUGCGCAGAUUGAGUCUUUUUCUCCACCUGAGAGACAACUCAACAAGUCCCAAAAAUACUGUGAAAGUGGGCAGGUGAGGAGGAGGCAGCAGCAGUAGAUUUUUCUGAUGGUGCCAUGGCUUGAGAGACAACAAAAUGGACUGGGAUGCAUUUAGCUGAGUUGGUCCCCCGUGCUUCUGCACAGGGACUAGAGGCAUCCAGGGCCCACUCCCACAUUUAAUCUGAAGUGUUAAUUAAGACUGGAAAAGGCUUUCAUUGUACUGGAGAAACUAGUCCUUUUUCUCCACAUCCCACAAAUGGCUAUAUUUGUUCAUGGGGCAGGCAGUGGCAUGGGGUAGCUCUUUUCCCAGACUCAGUGCUCCUGUUUUCAAGAUUUGCUUUCACAAGCGUGCUCAGUAACUGGCCCUUUGCAUUUUGCAGACCAAAGACCAAGACAGCCCAGCUAUUUUGCAAUUGCUGGUUGCUGGUCCCUCCCUGCUUUGCAGUGAGAUUUGUGUUUUGCUGGAAACAGAUACAUUCUUCCAUAUUUUUUUUUCUGCUGAGCACCAAGCAAAUGGCCCUUCCAAACUAAGUAGCAGCCCAUAGACUCCGUGCAUUGCCAUAUAGACAUGACUAUAUCAACCCCUCCUGAAAGCCAUUAGGUAAUCAAUGACUGCAGUGGAAACAGUCAUUCCUGACGGUUGCUGUGCUGAUUACAGCAGUCCCUGAUGAUUAAUGUUUGUGCAGUAUUUAGUCUUAAACCAUAUUGAAAAGCAGCUGGUUUAAUUACAUGGACUGCCAAGAACUUUGUCCUGAAGGCAUUGAGUUUAUCACAUGCACUUUAUGCUUGGAUGCUCAAUUAUGACUGACUCUUUUGUUAGAAGCAGGUAUUUUAGGAAGCUUAGAACAUUGCAAAUGAUUCGUUUUAAUUGCAAUUAAAAUGGCUGGAGUCUUCGCGUCAGAGCCUGCUCUUCAGUUCUAUGGUCCCAUUUAAGAGAAGGAAUGUGCUUAAAUGUGUGUGUGCUCAUGGACGAGGGUUGUCUGUGAGACAAGUAUCAUGACCUCAAUACUUAGUUUAAUGGAGUACCAGGGCCAUGGCUUAAAGCUCUCCAUAAGCUUUAAAAUUACUAAGCUAGUGGUUUUAAAAGCAGAACUCUCCAACAGUGUGUAUCCCUUGCUGUGAAUGUGUGAUUGCAGCUCAUGGUUCCUCUGUCUGGUGAGGUGCGUGAGCUGCCUUGGAGCUGAUUUGCUAUGAACUGACAUUUGAGUAUUCAGUGGGAAAUACAUUUCCAGCUCUAAAUGAGUGCCAGGCUUAGGCUUAGUCUGAAGGCAGAGAAAGAAAAUACAUGUGAAUGCAGAUUGUGCCAGGGCAAAGCUGAAUGUCUGGCAGAUGGGGCCAAAUCCAGAGCCAGAACAAAAAAGUAGCUAAGGCUUGGGUUGACUGGGGGCUAACAAAGAUGGAUUUGGAUCCAGGGCCACCAGCCAUUGACAAGGGUUAUAUAUGGGGAAACGUGAGUUUGAGAGUGAAGGAAGGAGUGUUUACCAGCAAGAUUUUAGUCUUGGUCCUCACCAUGUCCUCCUUUGACAUGAGUCUUAAGUCAGAUCUACAGAAAAUGUUUGUGGGUUUGGGGGAGGGGUUUUGCUCAUUAAAGGCCAUGCACUGGUGGGAGGUGAGCUCCCACUACUCUUGGGAUUUACUCAGGAUGCUUUGUCCCUGAGGGACAUCCUGCCCAGCGACAUGAAACCUCAGAGCUCUGGCUUUUAGGGAGCCCCAGGCCAUGUGCCCAGUACUGACCCGAGCAGGAAAAGCUGUACCAGAAGGGUGGUGGGCAUCUGGCUGGGGGACACCUUGUUCUGGAGCUCCCAUGAGCUGAUUAUGGGGCAGCAAUGCCAUGCCUUCAUAGGAUGUUCCAAGAGGUUUGUGCCAUGUUCAUCUUUGGAGCUUCUCAACACCAGACUAGAUCAAUCCCUGAGCAAGAGGGUCAGACCACAUGGCUUACCCUGCUUGGUGUAGAUGAUGGGACUAGAGACAUCUCUCCCUUCUGAUAUACUCUGAGAUCCUGUGCUGCCAGGGCUGAAUGAGGACUCCUCCAUGUGAGGGAAGGGGCAAAAAGAAGUAUCUUCUGUCUGUAGCAUCCUAAAUAGGGCCAGACCCUCUUAUCCAGCCAUGAAGGCAAGUGGCAAGACACAGUUCAAUCCUUAAGGUGAUAAUGCCCAGCAAGGAGGCCUUAUAUACACAGGGACCAUCCCUUGCACCUCGGAGAGGGUGGGCUGGCCCAGGCCAAGUCAUCCAGGACACAGACACACAGUCCAGAUAACUGAGGGACAGCUUGCACCUCUAAAUUUGUUAGGAUUCACCCAGGGCUCUCUAAAGCCACAGGCAAGCCCCGACACUCUGAAGUCCUAGUCCCUUGAGCGUACCAGGAAGCAUUGUCUCCCUUUGGUCACCCAUUGAGCAUGGCUCCUUGGGAGGGGUAGACUCAUGCCCAGGUCUUGCGUGGUGAUGGGCAUCAGUAGGCAGAUGUUUAAGUAGUGCCGUGGUACUAUUGGAUCUUCCUGGCCUCGGAGAGGAAUAAGGUGAUGAUCUCCUAAAGUCAAGCUUGCAUUUUGUCAGUCUUUUCCCACUUGGUGGCAUUGUUAUUCCAUGUGAAAGUAGACAAGUGCAUUGUGUGUCCCAUUGGAGGGAUGUCGUCUGGAUGAGACAGGUGGAGUGGGUCUGUGCCUGUAGAGAAGCCCCACUUGUAACAGGAAGGGCGAAGAGCAGAGCCUAACCCCAACCCCAGCCAGGGACUGAGCCAGAGGACAUGCGUGACCACCAAAAAGCCAUCAAGAAAAUCAGAGGGACCAGUCUAGCAUCAAAUCACAAGGGUCAAUAAACCAGUCUAGAGUCCAUCUGUCUCUCUUCUCCACUCAGAAAGCACCAACUUCCUCACGUGUACACAACGUUGUUGCAACUGUUAAUGGAGCUCUUGCAGGUCGACAUGUACACCUUGUAGUCAUGGUUUCUGCUUGGCCUGGAGCAGUCUAUCCCCCCCGUCAGCCUGUCCUUUGUGUCUCAUCCUUGUAGUCACAAUUUUAUCUACUUGUUUGCAACUUCUAGAGUUGUACUGUUAAUCGGAUUGCUACUUCAGUGGCUGCUGUUUAGAAAAGUUGAUAUGUAGCAAGGUGUCACCAGCCAAGGUGUCAACAACUCUCCCCUUACCAAAUCACAGCCAGCUGGUCCUGGUAUGUGAUAUUCAAAUUUCAGCACUGGCCAGAGCUUCUCAAUGGACUUGCUUCUCAAUCAACAGGCUCUUCUUUUCAAUGCAGCACAUUGUUAACAUAUAAUGAAUACAUUUGUAAGCCAGAGGAUUGACUGUAUGGGAGAGGUUUGCCCCAAGACCAGGAGAUAAGAAACCAUUAUUUCUAUUGUCAUUCUUUGGGUGAUACCACACUAUAUCUUUGUGGGAUGAAGGGGUCUGUUUGAACUCUCUGUGUUCCACUUUCUCUCCAGCUUGUGAAAUGAAGGUUUUUAGUAGUCAUUUCCCCACCUUACAAACGUGUCUGGUGUAAUUAAUUGACAUCUAACAAUGCGAAGAGCUGGUCUGAAUCUUCGUAGAACAGCUGGACAGCAUGGGGUGCUACCUUGUUGUCAUAUACGACAUCACACAGGACACUGCACAUCCCACUCUGCCAAACUCAUUAAAGAACCCUUAUGCUUAAUUACCAAGGUGGAAAAGGUCUUGGCAAAGAGGUGGGGGAAAAGCCAUUUGCACAGCUUCAAUAUUCUGCUGCCACAUUGACCCUCAAAAUACCAUGUUUCGUUUGAGAGCCCUGUGGAUGUGGUGGCUGAAGCACGUCGUGGAAGGGGAAAAGGAGCAGGACCCUGGGCUUCACAGAGAGCCCAACGAUGAAUCCCAUAGGGUUAGGACCAAACCUUUAGAGUAGUUACUUGCCUUGGCCAAGUCAAUGGGUCCCCACUGACUUUAGGCAUUGUUGUGUGGGAACAGACUCAGCCAAAUUAGGGUAGUUUUCUCCGUUGUUUCUUAACCUGCUGCGAGGUGGGUUCAGGGCCCGGCUUUGAAGCCAUUGUCUCUGCAGCCAAUUCGCAGAGUUGUUUUGUGUGUUUCAAAGUCUAUGACUGUUCUUAAAGAAGAGUAUUUUUAAUUUUUUUUUCCAUUUGUAGAAGGAAGGACAAGAAUAAUCUGUGGCAAACUAUACAGUAUGUGUCUUCUUGUGGUGUCACUGUUUGAAUGGUUAUUAAGUUUUCAAAUCACUGUGGACAGCUAAUCACUUAAAUUAUUAAUUUAUUCUUUUGGGGUUUGUUUGUUUGUUUUUUAAGUAAUUUGAACAAUUAUUUAUCCUGUAAAUCGGUCUCUAGUGAAGCCUAGAUAAUACUUUUUUUUUGCUGUUAAUAAACAUGGUACA